GAUUCGUUCCACACUGCUUACUGACUGCUGCCGGCAGGCCCCAAAACAUCAUUUCUGUUGCUCCCCCUCCCCUCCCCCCUCCUCAAGCCGUCGAGACCCUAGCUUGGCGGAGGCUGCUGCACAUCAGUCAUUAUGGCAGCUUUUGCGUCUGUCUUUUUGGCCUACUCGGCACUUCUAGUCAGCCCAGUGCUUGCCGCUGGCCAGGCCCUACUCGUUGGCUAUGGCUUCUCUCCUUACGAUCCGCUCUGUGCCGAGUCAUGCCUGCGAUCUCUCACCUCAUACAUGUUGUCUUGCACUCCCAUGAGCAACGGUCAUGGCGACAGCCACAUGUCGGCGACUCCGCCGGAGUGCUAUGCCGAGGACACAUGGUUUCUGACCUCAGUCGCCUGGUGUCUCAGCGACAAGUGCGCCGGCCACGACGUCCCCAUCUCGAAGCUGCAGCUGUUUUGGGAACAGUCCGUCACCGGCAGCAGCAAGGUCGCCCCCAAAUGGCCCUACUCGGUCGCCCUCGCCAAUGUCACUCCAAAGCCGCCCACCUACCAGCUGACCGAAGCCGAUACCGACCUUAACCAGACCUCCCUGGUCUCUCCCGACAGCUACCUGGCCCAGUGGAACGUUUUGGGUAAUGUUGCACGGGAAGGGCUGGUCGAAUCCGACUACAGCCUGACCAUAAUCGUUACUUCCCUCGGUCUACCAAUCGUGCUCACUCUGAUUGGUCAUUUUCCUUUUCUAUCUAGGCUGAUUCGCUCGGUCAAACCUUACCUUGUCUAUCCUAGCCUCGUGGGAACAUACCAGGUCCGCGCGCUGCCGUUUUUACUCGGAAACGCGCCGACGGUGGGCCAGAGCAUCUACAUCGCCAUAUUUGUCGCCCUCAACGUCAUUCUCAGUGCAGUCGGCUAUAGGUCUAGCCAGCCAAACGCCUGGUUCGCGACGCAAUGGAACGAGAUCUCAGCCUACGUCUUGUACCGCACAGGAACACUGGGCUUCAUGCUCCUGCCUAUCAUGUUUCUCUUCUCCUCCCGAAACAAUGCCCUCCUGUGGCUAUCAAACUGGUCCCAUUCCACAUUCCUGCUUUUGCACCGCUGGGUGGCGCGCGUCUUCGCCCUCUAUGUCGUCGUCCACUCCAUCAUCGGCCUGCAGAUUUACCCGGAUGAUUCCGACACGACUUGGUGGAUCUGGGGCGCCGUCGCCACCAUGGCAACGGUGGUUUCUGUCCUCUUCAGCGGACUGUACGUGCGCAAGAGCCAGUACGAGCUCUUUCUCAUCUUCCACAUUCUCCUGGCCGUCUUCGUCGUCGCCGGCUGCUGGUAUCACGUCACGCUGUGGUACGGCGCCAUGGGCAUCGCCUGGCCGGAUACCAGCUGGGGUUACGAGCUGUGGGUGUACCUCGGCAUCGCCGUCUGGUUCUUCGACCGCCUCUUGCGUGUCGGACGGGUCCUCCAGAGCGGCAUCCUGCGUUCCGAAAUCACGGACCUCGGCCAAGGCUACAUCCGUGUCGAUAUUCCCGGGGUGCGUUGGGGCUCCAAGCCGGGCAAGCAUGCCUACGUCUACUUUCCCACGCUCGAUCCACUACGCCCCUGGGAGAACCACCCCUUCUCCGUCAUCCCCGGGCACAUGCUCCGCAAGCCGGGCUCGAGCGAGAGGACCCCUUCUCCCUCGCAGGCCCCCCACGAGGACGAAGAGAAGCACCUCGCCGUCUCGCAGGCGAAAACAGUCUCAAUCCACCAUGCCAAAAACAGCGCUGGAAUCACACUUCUAAUCAAGAAGGAGAGCGGCAUCACAAGCUAUCUCAAGACACACGGCGGCAUGCUCACCCUCCUGGACGGGCCGUACGCCAACAACAACGCCGAGGACAUCCUGCGCUGCGACCGGGUUCUCCUCGUUGCGGGCGGCAUCGGCAUCACUGGCGUCCUCCCCUGGGCGCAAAGCCAUUGGAACGUCAAGCUAGCGUGGAGCGUUGCCGAAUCGGCGCGGCCGCUGGUCGAGGCCGUGGAGCUCGGCGGGCUGGCGAAUCUGACCAAGGAGGUGCGCGUGGGCAGCCGGUUUGACGUUUACGCCCUGAUCGCCGAGGAGGCUGAUGCCGGCUGGCAUCGUGUCGGGGUUGUGGUUUCCGGGCCCGGAGGGCUUUGUGACGACGUUCGGGCUGCUGUCGUGGCGGCAGGGAGGAAGGGCAAGACGGCCUUUGAGCUGGAGGUUGAUGCCUACUCGUGGUGAUCAGAUGGGUAAUUAGGUGCAGACUGGGCUUUUUUUUUUUGCAGGCGGGCGAGGUACCUAACUGGGAUGAUUCUUGGAUCCCUUAAAGUUUUGACACUC